CAGCAAAUCGCCUGCAACAGCAAAUCGUUUCUCACUUCAGCAAAUUCUUCGCCUCUGCACUAUGAAGUUCUCCCUCGCCAUUUGCCUCCUUGCCUGUCUUGUGGCCGUAGUUGCGGCUGUUCCGGCGCAGCCUCGCCGUCCCAAGCUUGGAGCCAAGCUUGGAAAGGUUAACCGCCAAUUUGACCAUGAAUGUCUGAGCAACUAUCCCCCUGGUCUAGAAUUCUGCUGUUAUCCGGGGGCGGAAAACACCCCUUUCUGCGCGUUCAACCGUUUGUAGCUCUUCUCUCGUCAUCUCGGAAGUUGCUGCUGUUCUCUUCCUUUCUUAGGUUGCUUUGAUAGGCAUCUGGUCACCUGACAUUACGCAGCGCACGAAUCAGAGAGAUCUCGUAAACGAAAUUAGAAUUU